GGGGGGGAAGGUGCCGUGCGCAUGCGCGACUGCGCCGCGGCCCGGCACCAUGGGCAAGAAGCGAGAGGGGCUGAGCGUGGCCUGGGAGUGAAUGGAUGGCUUAGCUGCUGAGAGACUCCUAGCAUGCAGGAGCAGAUCCCAAAUCCCAAGUGAGGCAAUGGCACUGGCAUAUCAGGAUACUGCUCUGCCCAUAGUUUGGGCUAUUGUCUGGGGCUCUUUGCGCCUUGUAGAUUUAGCUGUGGAGGCAGGAGGUGGAGAAGCUGGACUGCCAUCUUUUCCUUCUGAGCAGAGGUGGAUCUGUAUCAGCUGGGAGAAACAAUGAGGGUGACUGUUUUUCAGAUCGAUGGGCUGGAGGAGAAGCUGGCACUCUGCAGACAGAGUAUGGAAGAGGUGGAUCUUAAACUGCGCAGGGAGAAACUCAGCCCUGAAGGAAGAAAGUCACUGGAGAGAGAGAGAAACUUACUAAUGACCAAAGCUGACAACUAUGAAAAAGAACUGAGUGUGCUCCGUAAGGAAAAUCGCAAGAAUGCUGCCCUUGCUGUGGCCAUGGGGUUACUGAUUGCUCUUAUUUAUGCCUGCUGGACAAUGUGAUUGCACACAAGAAUUCUUCCUGCUCACCAGAUGACUCUCCUGCAAGGAGCUCUUCCUUCUCUCACCAAUGUGCCUUCCUCCCAUGGGUGUGAAUGAGCAUUUCACAUUGUUAUUGUUUAUCUUCCCAAGCCUCAUUGCAGGGAUGCUUUCUCUCCAAGAACUGAGCAGUUGGGAGGCAAACUAGAAAUCAAAGCACACUUGUGAUCGGAAAGGAGGUCAAACAGGGUUCAAGGCAGAGCCCUCUUACCCAAUAUGCAGUCAAGACCCUCCUGGCUGAUGCAGGAAGGCAGUACAUUCUCCCUUUUGAAGACAUCUCUGGGUUGCAGACAAGUACUCUCUGGGCCACCUUCUUGGUUGCUGUGCCUCAGCAAUAAGCUGAGCAGACCAAGCUCUCUGGAUCAAAAGGGACACCUGGGUAUUGUGCCCUCAAACACAUAUACAUCCUUUGAGCUGAUGCCAAGUAGAGAUCCUUUCCUCCUCCACACAAACUUACAUGAGCAGAGGAAUCCUACCUCCACAAAAUCAGAUGGGAGGUGGGUAGCUCUCUUUCUGUAGGCAGGUAACAGCCAACUUGAGAUCUUGGUGCUUGGACUUUGAAAGAUCUGCUUACUUCUCAUGUACAUCAGAGCUUGUUGACCAUUCUGUGCCUCUGAGAAUCAGCACUUGCAUAAAAGAGUUUGCUAUCAACUCCCAGGUAUGGAAGUGCCUCUGUAGGGUUUUAAAUAAAAUAUUUAGAUGUGGUAA